AUGUCUAUGAAACCUUCAAUAAUGAUACAGAUUUGUAAGCUCACAGUCUUCUUUUUGUUCAUUAGUUUUUCUGCAAAAUCUGUGUCAUUUGCUGAGAUUGUAUUUGAAGAAUCCAAUGAUGAUGAGAGUAAAGCUUUCCAAUCUGCCAUGACUGAAGUGAAUGUAUACAGUGAGAGUGAAAGUGAAGUCGCUUACUCUGAUUACUGCUCUUCAGUUGUUCCUGAAUCAGUCACCAACUCUAAAGCUUACACCGAGAGUUUUGGAGCAUUUAAUGGAUAUGAAACUGGUUAUUACAUUGGUGGAAAUGGAAUUCUCAACCCAAAGAUCAACACAAUCUCGAAUUCCUUCUCAUUUGAAACCAGACAUGUGUCUAAAACUGUUGCAGAUGGUGUGUGGAAGAUUGAGGGAAGCUUGAUGUUCUACGAAUCAUAUCAUCCGAUACCAAGUCCAUUUCAUUUGAAACUCCAUGGAUUCUGGUCUGAAUUUUCUGGGAAUCUCUGUAUGGUUGGAACAGGUUCUGCUUACUCCAAACAGGGUAAUCUGCUAACUCCUGCAGCAGUUUUCAGGCUUAGAAAUCUCAGGGAUUCGAGUAACAUCACUACUUUGAUUACUGGAACAUUAGAGAGUCUAAGUUCUAGUGAUGGGGUGAGCUACUUUGAACCCAUUUCUGUAGUCAUGUUUCCUUUGUUGAAUUAUGAGUACACUUUUGACUUCAGAGAGUUUACACAUCAGUUUUCUGGUGAAAGAGAUGGCCUGAAGAAUUUGGCAUUCAAUGAACUUCCAAGUAGAAGAUUUUGUUCAAUGAUAAUGGGCCAUCUAAAUGAAUUUAAGCUGCAGUACGCAAGGGACUGCAGUUCUGGAAAGCAAACUUGCCUUCCAUUUGUUCGGUUGAAUGGCUAUUUGCCUCAUUUUCUGUCAUUUUCAAGCAUUAGGUGUUCAGAGGUUGAAAGGAGAAUUCGGGUUUUGAUAGAAUUUAGAAACACUAGCCAUGUCCGAAAAUACCCUUCUUUCAAUCCCAACACAACAUUGAUUGGAGAAGGAACAUGGGAUGAUAGGGAAAACCAGCUAUUCGUUCUUGUUUGUCGGUUUUUAGACAUUGGAGAAUCUUGGUCUAACGCUCAUGUUGGUGACUGCACAACAAGGUUGAGCUUUAGAUUCCCAGCAAUCUUGUCUAUCAGAGAGACUAGCAGUGCAAUGGGGCAACUAUGGACCACAAAAACCGCAAAUGAUUCUGGUUACUUUGAUAGGACUAUAUUCCGAAGUACCGGGAACCAUAUGGUGGGAGUUCCUGGUUUGAAGUAUGAAUACACCGAAUUUAACAGAGUAAAAAAUCUAUGCCUGAGAAAGGUGCAGCUGCUCCGGAACAAGGGACAAAGUUACCCAAGUGGCCAUUCCACAGACUUGAAAUUUGACAUGUUGGUUAAAAGUUCAGAGAAUAAAAGUGGAUGGGGUUCUGCGGAUCCUCUCGCCAUCGGCGAUCAGUUAUACAAGCCUUAUUUGUUUCUGAUGGAUCUUCCUGGCACCAUGCUGGAAAGACCAGUGCCUGCAAGGCUUAUGAAUGUUAGCUAUGAAGUGAGCAUCACAUUGCAAACUCCUAUAGAUGUAGCUAAUGGAGUUUUAUUUUCUUACAUUGAAGAGAAAGUGGAGAUUAGAGCUGAAGGGAUUUAUGAUUCUGAAACUGGAAAGUUGUGUAUGGUUGGUUGCAGAAAGUUGGGAUUUGAUAACCAAGUGUUCGAAAAUGCUUCUGUGGACUGUGAAAUUCUUUUGAACUUUGAGUUUUCUCCAUUAAAACCAAAUCAAAUUGGAGGAUAUAUCACGGGAAGCAUUGAAAGCACCCGGACAAGUUCUGAUCUUCUUAAAUUUGAUCGUCUAGAGGUGUAUUCUACUAUCUACAAGACCGAUCAACGAAAAAGUUCGAUUUGGACAACGGAUCAUCAGAGUACAAAGGUUCUAUUAUCUAACACACUAAUGUGCAUCUUUGUAGGAUUGCAGCUUUAUUAUGUGCAGAAUAACCCAAACGUACUCCCUUCCAUUUCACUUGUUAUGCUUGUGAUUCUUACCUUGGGCCACAUGGUUCCUCUUGCACUAGACUAUGAAACCUUGCGCUCCAACAAGCAACAUUGGAACAUGGUUUCGCCGCACAAUGGUGGAUUGAUUGAAUUAAAUGAAGUGAUUGUGACGGUAGUUAUGGUGGUUGCUUUCUUACUACUACUUCGCCUUCUCCAAUUAACAGCCUCAGCUAGAUCACGUGACAGAAACCGGAAGUCCUUGCUGUUUGCGGAAGAAAUGACCCUAAUUGUGAUUGCAUGUCUAUAUGCUGCUGGGGCCAAAUUUACACUGCUUGUUGCCACGGAGAAGCGUAGACUGGAUGUUGCAUUGCUUUACUUUUCAUCCGUCGAAUCCUGGUAUCAUUCCAUCUACAAUGACUUCAAAUCAUAUGCAGGUUUAAUCUUGGACGGCUUUCUUUUGCCUCAGAUACUUCUCAACAUGUUCUCAAAAUCCAAACAGAAGGCACUCAGUUGUUCAUUCUAUAUCGGGACCACUUUUGUUCGAUUGCUGCCACAUGCAUAUGAUCUUUAUUGCAAUCUCAACUCUGUUUAUUACAGCAUGUUACAAGUUUCCGUGAGUCCUGUCCAGUGUUUUGUCUCCGCUGCUUGGGAUGUUACAAUAUUUUGGGGGCUCCUCCUGCUUGCUGCAAUCAUUUACUUGCAGCAAAAGUUUGAUGGUCAUUGCAUUCUUCCAUCCAGACUUAGACAGCUGGAAUCAUAUUCUGAGGAGUUCCAUUCGUAA